AUAAAGAAUCUACCAUAUUGAAGUUAAAAAUGUAACAAUUAAAAAGUAAAGCUGAAACUAGUUUUAUUGAUACAGUCUCGAAUAUGAUGAAAUUUAUUAAUGAUUAGUCAGCAUUUUAAUAAACAGAUAACAUUAAAGAUUUCGAAGAUAACUUGGAAACUAUCUAAGAUAAAAGAGAGCUACUCAGCAUAGGAUCAAUAAUCCAAAUACUCAUUAAAUCUGAAAAGGUUCCGGAGAAGAAAAGUUACUUGCUUAAGAUUAACUUUAAGAUACAAACUAAAAUUUUGGAGUAAAAUUAAAAUUUAGAUACGUUUAUUGCUGAGUUGUAUGAAAAAAAUAAUUAAGGAAUUGGACUGUCUUUUUUGAAUAAUGAUGGUAGUUUUGGUAUAUAUUUAUAAAAUAACUUUAGUGCUUUCAGAUUUGAGAACUCGAGAACUUUUAGAGAUUUCGAAAACUGUAAAUGAUUCGAAACACUUAUUAUAAUAUUGUUCGUAAGCUGGGUAAAAAACCCUUUAUAAGUAAUUUAAAAAUUGGCCAAUUUUACUUGAUGAGGAUGAAUUAUCGAAAGAGUUUUUCAUGACUAUCUAUUCUGAAAGGAUGAGAAGAAAGGCUCUAAAGCAUUUGGCUGCACAAGGCAAUCAAAAAUUACAAUAUUCCUAAUAUUAAUUUAAUUAAGAUCAAAGUAAGAAAAAUAAGAAAUUGAUUAAAGAAGAAAUUAAGUUGAAUUAACAUGAGGCCAUCAAAAUUAAAUUUCUCAAAACAGUUUAAAUUAAAUUAACUAAAUUAACGAUCAAUGUCACUUAAGAAUUUUAGUAAUCAGUUUAAGAAAGUACCAUAUUUUAAGGCAGUUCGAAUUUAGCUUAUAUGGCAGAAAAUUCAUAAUAAUAUUAUCAAGUUGUGAAAUGUGAAAUCACACUAUGCCAGGAAAUAGAAGAUAUUUGUUAUGAAGAAAUAAAUAAAGAUCCAAAACUAUAAGAUUAUGAAAGUAAGACAGUAACAUUUAUAUUUCAGGGAAAUGGUAAUAAAAGUGCACCAAUAUUAAAGAUUAAAUUAGAAAAUCUAUAUAAUAAGGAGAAGAAAUUCAUUGUUAGGAUUAAAGCGUGUUUUGUAGCGAUGCUGACUAUGAAUUAAGCAAUGUUCGGAUUUGAAUUAAUAUUCGAAA